GGCGGGAUCCAACUAGGGAGUGUAUUGUUUAAUUGUUAUUCGCUUGCAAACGGAAUAGGAUAAACAGAAAUGCGGAAGUACCAGCAGCUAGUGCUGCUGCUCAUAUCCUGCCUCAGCGUGGGCAUCCUCCUGAUGUACAAGACCGAGAACAAUCGCCUGAAAUACGUGCUCAAGUACGUGAACUUCUUCGGACGCAACGAUGCCGCCGUUCUCCGGCGUCUGGAGAAUGGAACCAAGGAGGAGGGACCGCAGGCGGUUCUGUGGCGCCCGCUUCCCGUCUGGCAGAUGAUCGGCGACUCCUUCCACGCCUACUCCGCCUACUGGAUGCGCAACGAACUGGUGGCCGGCGGAGAGGCCCACGUCCUGGUCGUCGGCAAAAAAGGAGCCGUGGUGGAUUUCCGAUGCAGCCUCGAGCUUUUGGGCGGGCGCAGUGUGCAGGGAAAGUUUCGCUUCCAGCGGGACUCUAUUGAGAGCCUGGUGGACGACAAGUCCUCCAACUUCACCAGCUAUCACUUCUUCUGCCAGGUGAGCCGAGAUUUCGGUCAGCCUGGUAGUGUCUCUCUCACGGACAUCACAACCACCAAGAGUCCGGUCAAGGUGCGAUUGCGAAACCUGAAACCAACAGACAAGAAAAGCGGUUCCAAAGUGGCAGCAGUUCCCUCUCGACUGCCGGCCACCAUCUGUGUGGAUCUAGUGGGCUUUAAUAUGACGUCCAAGUUCGCGCGAACUGAGAACGCCCUGCUGCAGUUCUUCCUUUUCCACCAGGCCAUAGGAAUCGAGCAUUUUCUGGUCUACAAUUACGAUGAGCUUCCCGAAGAUGUGAUUCACCUGUUGGACCGGACUAACAUUAAUCUUAACGGCUUGCCCUUCAACUUUCCUUUCCGGCAAACAAAUGGCACUCUUUCACGAAUUCGUCAGUUGAUCCACACGGACUGUCUGCUGCGAAAUGUGAACCACGCCAGCUUCACCCUUCUACUCCGUCCCAACGAGCUCUUCUUUCCCAACUCCCGAUUCUCUGUGGAUCAGGCGAAGGGCUCGGUGCAGCAGCAGCUACGACACUUCUCCUCUGAAACCACUCGCUUUGAACUGGCCACUAUGUCCGUGUGCUUCGACGAGCGUAAGAAGCUUUUACCCGACAAUGUUCAGUAUGAUCCGGAGCGAAGAUCUCCGUACAAAACUAUACUGGACCGCCUAGAACUCCCGCCUGCGCAGCUUUUAGCCAGUACGACCGAGGUGGAACUAUCAUUGUCCACCGGGUUCGUGCACCGCUACGUGGACUGCGACCACGUGGGCAGCGAUGGCUUGCACGACUGGCGCAACGCGGUGCGCGAGGACUUCAUGGAGCACAUCAACGCACUGCGCAACGAGGUGGACCUUCUCAUCUAA